AUGAAUCUUGACUUGCUACGCCCACCUACGAGGCCACCAGAAACGAAAAUUGAUCAGUGUUCUUUAAAACGAAAAUUCGACAUCCACGAUUUGGUCUACGCUAAAGUGUUCAGCAACAACAAAUAUCGUUGGGCGCCAGGCAUCGUAUGCAGCAAGGUUGGGCGAGUCAUGUACACAGUGUUCAUCGAAGAAAGCCGGAUGAUUCGGUCACAUGCGAAUCAGCUUCGAAGCCGUACCGAAUCAGAUACGAGUGGUGAACCAAAAAGAGCACAGAUGAAUUUGCCUCUCGACGUUCUACUGGACUCUUGGAAACUACCUGCCAAAGUGUCACCAGAACCAAUUACGUCUACACAACCAACCGAAGCCAGUUUCCAUUUUACACCGAAUCAAUCAAGUUCACUACUCCAAUCAACGAUAGUAGGUGGCUCAGCUCUGUCCCCUGAGUCGUCUGCCAUGGAUACAAGUUCAUCAAUGUCGUCGUCAACCACAUCUUCAUCAGCACCGAGUCAAGAAUCCGCUUCCAAGAAUGGCGGGCCAGUUACAUCGGUGCCUACAGAACCACGUCGCUCUUUGAGAGUUCGAAGGCAGCCGCAGUGGUAUCACCCUUACCAUCUCUAUUAA